AUGUCCGAUAACAAUCCCCAUCACCCUGGGGUACGCAGCUUGUUGGCUAAGUUUGAGGGCCAGAGCCCCGUCGCCUCACCUCCGCCUCGUGGCCGAUCCCCAACUGCGUCAGACUCGUCGGGAACAGUUCGGCGGCUGUCCAAGGUUCGAGCUAGCUUCAUCAAUGUGAACGGGGUUAUUCAGUCGAAUCCUGCUUCGCCUUUGAGGAAAACAAGUGGGCGCAGCGGUAGUCCGGGAAUCUUUGGACCGAAAAUCAACUCGGGGGAUGCGGAGUCAGGACGGCAGGUUGUGAUCUCCCCCACCCCACUCAGCCGCCUGGACCACACACAGCACGCGACUCUGGGGCAGACAAUAGCUGAGGGUCGACCGGAGGAAGCUAUUGGAACAAAGAGUGAACAGAAUAAUCCUGCCAAGGAGGAACCCACAGCGCGCACUGAGAAUGAACUUCGGUCGUAUAACACCUUACCAAAGCAGACAGAUGAGUCUACGGCCACAGAUUCCAAGUCGACAAUCUCAGACGCUCCUUCGCAAAAGUCAGAUUCGUCAGUUAUUAUCAAGAAGAAGUCUUCUUCCGUUGAAUCUGCCCGUAAUGCGGCGAGCAAAGCCGUGCCAACUACUGCAGCUUCAACUGAUGCGAAGCCUGUUGCUCACAAUUCAAGCUCCAAGCCCAUGGCCCGCGAAGUGGUUAAGGAACGCGCCAACUCCCUAUCCCAAAAACCAAGUCGUGUCUCACUGAAUCCCAAGAUAACAGCGCGGUCAACCCGCGGCCCGGCACUGGCACAAGGUACUUCAAAGCCACGUGCCGCAAGUGUAUCUAGCAAAUCAGGAAUGAAAUCCCCACCGAGACCUGUCCGUGUACCUGGCUCGGCAAAUGCUUCAACCCACGCACCUGCUGCUAAGCUAGGAAGCACAGGUGGUCCGAGCACUCGCACUACUACCAGUGCAUCAACCCUCACAAGAAAACCUUCAACCCUCAAAAGCGCAACUGGAGCUCAGCCGCGUGCCACUACUCCUACUACCAGCAGUCGCAGACAAUCUUCUCGCCCUUCGCCGCCCGCUCAAGCAGCUCAUGACAUAAGCACCAAGCCGGUGAAUGAGGGUUUCCUUGCGAGAAUGAUGCGUCCUACUGCUAGCUCAGCGAACAAGUCCCACCCCCAGGAAAAGACCGAUAUAACGCCUAUCACCAGAACAAACUCUGUUUCCAAGGCCACUAGGUCGUCAAUUGGGAGGGUGCCAGAUCGUGGCCCCCACCAGGUAAAGUCGAAGGGCACUGCCCUUCGACCCCAGAGUCAGAAAUCCCAGCCUCUGAGCAACGAACCUGCUCCACAGAAAGAUGGCCAUAGACCUUCCCAAAAGAAGGAGGAAAGUGUGAAAGAAAAAAUGGUGGAGCACAUCACAGCCAGUUCGAUGGAGGCUGUAACAGUGGAACAUCCCGAGGCUGCUGCCACACCAGUUGAGGAGCCUGGCCUGGAAAUUGCCAAUGCAUCUGCUAAGCCAACUGAGAGGUCGGUAGAAGUGCCUGAGCCGAUCGCCGAGGAGACAGUGGCUGAGAGCUACUCCGAUUCGGUUCCAGUCGAAAAUUCUACCGAGGUGUCAGCCGAGUCUAUCGAUUUCAAGGAAGUCCAGGCUUCAGCUGAGGCUGUGGUGGAUGCUCAUGUUAAGUCCCUGAUUGAGCCAAUCGCUGAAGAUGCCGAGGAAGAGAAGGCUGCUGAGACUUCUACCGCAACCGAAGAGACAGUCCCAGAGCCCGCGGCAAACCCGGCAGCUGACGAUCAAGUGGAGGUCGGUGAGACGCAAAAGACCUUGGUGCCUGAAUCAGAGGUUCUUGAAAAAGAAGACGAUGGGCCUGCAACUGAGGCUAACUUGAGCAAUGUCGGCAUCGAUAUUACCAAUUUGGCACAGAACUAG